AUGAUGGCCAGCCAGGAGAGCAAGAAAAAGGAGACGCGGCCUCGACGGUUCCGGCGGCGACAUGCCGCGUGUCCCGAUCCGGACUCGCUCUACGACAUCAUGCGCCAGAACUGCGGCACGUCGCUGUAUGUCCUGCCGAUCCUGUGGACAGAUGUGCAUCGCCGGCUGCUGAGCGUGGACUUUGUGGCCCGGGACCAGCGGCCGGCUGCGGCUGUGGACGCGACGACGAUGCGGCCAUCUGAGCUGGCCGAGGCACUGAGCGCGGACCUGACGUCGCUGCUGUCGCCCGAGGACACGCGGCCGUUUUGCAAGUCGCGCGCGAUCAAGAGCGUGCUGGCCACGCUGUAUCCGACCGCGCUCUCGCGACCCAAGAGCGUGGCCGAGCUGGACCUGCACUUUGGCGACCGCAGCUUUCGUGGUGCUGUGCGCGUGCCCGUCGUCUGGCAGAACGGCGUCGACGCGGCCGAUCUCUCGUUCGACUCGGCCGUCACCCGGGCCAUCUCGUCCUUUGGCCUCACCCAGAGCAGCCAGGCCGCCACACCGGCCGCUCCCAAUGGACCGCUCAUGGCCUACGUCAACCGUGCGCACCUGUCGAUGAUCCGCCAGAACCUGUUUCGCAUCGUGCCCGGACCCGAGACCGGCGACUACCAGAACACGCCCGUGCGGCGCCUGCAGACCCUCCGCUCCAAGCACCUCGUGCCCGCCGACCCGGACCGCGACCCCUAUCUCGUCAGCGUCUUCCUCGCCAUGGCCCAGGCCAACUUUUACGACCCCGGCCUGUCGUCAGCUGCUCAGGCCUUCUGGCGGGCUGGCCGGCCGCGCGAGCGCAUCGCUGCCGUCGCGCCUGACCUGCACGAUAUCAAGCUUCGCAUCAUCACCCACGACGACGAGACGAUUGAGUUCAUCGUCUACACGGCCACCGUGACCGAGGCCUUUUUGCGCCGCUUCGCCGCGCCCACCAAGGCGUCCUCGGCCGCACAGACGCCCGACGUCGGCAUGCACAUUGAACACGAACGCGUGGCCGUGUGGCCCAUCCUCGGGCUCAAGCAGCGGCUCGGCCGUGCGUUGGGACAGGACCUGGUGGGCGACCUGCAGGACGAGAGUAGCCUGUUUGCUGCUGAGGCAGAGGCUCCCAACGAGACGACGGAACCAGUGCUGGAAACGAUGCCGGAAACGGUGCCGGAACCCCAGCCGGAUUCCCAACCAGAAUCCGAGCCAGAUACCCAACCAGAAUCCCUACCGGAAACCCAGCCGGAAACCCAGCCGGAAUCGACACCGGAACCGACACCCGAGACACAGCCAGAGACACGGCCAAAAACAAAGCGGGAGGCUGUAUCCCCACGAGACAGCCGCAAGCGGAAGCGGACUGAUAGACGGUCGCUCAAGAGCACGUUCAAUGCCAGCCUCAAGGCUGAGAAGAAGGAGGCGAGCAGCGGCGUCGCGGUCAGCUCCCCGGCCCUGUCGCCGCACAGCAAGCGGCCGCGGACCCGGUCGUUCACGUCACUCGCCGUAUUUUAA